GUAGAAGGAUUGAUAUAGAGGGAAAGAGAUUGGGGAGAGGGAAAAAGGAGAAGAUUUGCGGUUUUCCUUAACUGCGACUGCGUCUCUCUGGCGGUUGAAGAGACGAACCGCUUCUAUUUGAACAAGAAUACCGGAUAACUUUUUCUUUUUACAGCCGGCAAUCUCCACUUUCAACCCGGUAGAUUUGUUUUAAUGAGGAUUGAAUGUCUUUGAUCCGUGGAAGUAGUGCAUUUUACUGUUUGGGGUUAAAAGUUAUUUCGUAGGGAUUUUUGGGGGUACGCGUUGAUCUGGAUUGGUUCCGAUUUCUUCACCUUUGAUACGAUCGUAUUUCUGUGAUCUUAGUGGGAUGAAGAAGCAUUCAAGUCCGGAAUGGGACUCGUUAUACGGAAGAAGGAAGGAGGACGGGACACGGACCACUGAUUCUCUUCGCCCCACCACUUACCUCCUUUCUUUACCCUCGCAUUCUCUCUCUUCGUCUCCACUUCUUUGUCUUUCUAUAUCUCUCUAUUGCGCGCGCAAUGGCCCCCGUUUCUUUAAUCGCCCACUCGACAUCUGGAGCUGCAUUGAGACUGGAGACUCUACAGUCGGUCAUGAGUCAGAAUAGACAGUUUAAAUGCAGGGGAGCCGCUACUUUGGUAGGCUCUUGGUUUAAUGAAGCUGGCCUCCGGCAGACAACGCAGCCAUCAUAUGCCGGGAAACAAGUAUAAUAAUCGUAGUCAGAACAGGGUUGAUAGGCUGCUGCGGGAUAGGGAGCUCAGGAAGCUAAGUAAAACCAUUAAUAUCGAAGAUUACGAUGCAGCUGGAAGCAGUGAGGAUAACAAUGGAGGUGAUUGCUCCCGGGAGUCUGAUCGCCUCCCUGAAGAUGAGAUGAGAGGGGCAGAGAACGCGCGGGAACAUGAGGAUGAGAUAGACUCGUCUCUCCCAGCUGGCAUGAGGAUUCUGGGGGAUGGAUGCAGAGCUUCGGAGGGGAAGCCCAUGAAGCAGAGGCUGCUGGUGGUGGCUAACCGGUUGCCUGUGUCUGCUGUUCGCCGUGGUGAAGAUUCCUGGUCGCUGGAUAUCAGCGCUGGGGGACUUGUCAGUGCUCUUCUUGGUGUGAGGGAUGUUGAUGCUAAAUGGAUUGGAUGGGCUGGUGUAAAUGUGCCGGAUGAAGUUGGGCAGAGGGCACUUACAAAAGCACUGGCUGAGAAGAGAUGUAUUCCAGUUUUUCUUGAUGAAGAAAUAGUUCAUCAAUAUUACAAUGGCUACUGUAAUAAUAUUCUGUGGCCGCUUUUUCACUACCUCGGGCUUCCCCAAGAAGAUCGACUAGCUACAACUCGGAGCUUCCAGUCUCAGUUUGACGCUUACAAAAGGGCGAACCAGAUGUUUGCAGAUGUAGUGAAUGAACACUAUGAAGAGGGUGAUGUUGUUUGGUGCCAUGAUUAUCAUCUAAUGUUUCUUCCUAAAUGCCUCAAGGAUUUCAACGGCAAGAUGAAAGUUGGUUGGUUCCUUCACACGCCUUUUCCUUCAUCGGAAAUUCAUAGGACACUGCCAUCUCGUUCCGAGCUACUUAAAUCAGUUCUUGCAGCUGAUUUGGUUGGUUUUCACACAUACGACUAUGCAAGACACUUUGUAAGCGCUUGCACUCGAAUUCUUGGUCUUGAGGGCACACCAGAAGGAGUGGAGGAUCAGGGAAAGCUGACACGAGUGGCUGCGUUUCCUAUUGGCAUAGACUCUGAUCGGUUUAAGCGAGCUCUUGAGCUCCCAGCAGUUAAAGUGCAUAUCAAUGAAUUGACGCAAAGAUUUGCUGGUCGGAAGGUGAUGCUUGGUGUUGAUCGUCUUGAUAUGAUAAAAGGGAUUCCUCAAAAAAUUUUGGCUUUUGAGAAGUUCCUUGAGGAAAAUCCAGAAUGGCGUGAUAAAGUUGUCUUACUUCAAAUUGCAGUGCCUACAAGAACAGAUGUUCCCGAGUAUCAAAAGCUAACUAGCCAAGUCCAUGAAAUAGUUGGACGUAUAAAUGGACGGUUUGGUACACUAACUGCUGUUCCUAUACAUCAUCUGGAUCGUUCCCUUGACUUUCAUGCAUUAUGUGCUCUAUAUGCAGUUACUGAUGUUGCUCUCGUAACAUCACUUAGAGAUGGCAUGAAUCUCGUAAGUUAUGAGUUUGUAGCCUGCCAAGGUGCAAAAAAGGGGGUGUUGAUACUAAGUGAGUUUGCAGGUGCAGCUCAAUCUCUUGGAGCUGGCGCCCUUCUUGUAAACCCAUGGAACGUCACAGAGGUUGCUAAGUCAAUAGGUUAUGCGUUGAACAUGCCUUCUGAUGAGAGAGAAAAGCGCCAUAGGCAUAAUUAUGCCCAUGUAACUACACAUACAGCUCAAGACUGGGCAGAAACCUUUGUAAGUGAACUUAAUGAUACUGUUGUUGAAGCUCAGCUAAGAACAAGACAGGUCCCACCAGUGCUGGAUUCUGAUUUGGCAAUUCAUCAAUAUUUACGGUCCAAGAAUCGACUUUUGAUACUGGGUUUCAAUUCAACACUAACAGAACCAGUUGAGUCUUAUGGAAGGAGAGGUGGAGAUCAAAUUAAAGAAAUGGAGCUUAAGUUACACCCAGAGCUGAAAGGCCCCUUGGCGACAUUGUGCAGUGAUCCAAAGACUACCAUUAUUGUCCUUAGUGGAAGUGACAGAAGUGUCCUGGAUGAUAAUUUUGGGGAGUAUAACAUGUGGCUGGCAGCAGAAAAUGGGAUGUUCUUGCGUCUUACUGGUGGUGACUGGAUGACCACCAUGCCAGAGCAUCUAAAUAUGGAUUGGGUUGACAGUGUAAAGCAUGUUUUUGAGUAUUUCACGGAAAGAACGCCCAGGUCGCAUUUUGAACAUCGGGAGACAUCACUCGUCUGGAACUACAAGUAUGCAGAUGUUGAUUUUGGAAGGCUCCAAGCAAGGGAUAUGCUACAGCAUCUAUGGACUGGUCCAAUUUCUAAUGCAGCUGUUGAUGUUGUCCAAGGUAGCCGGUCAGUCGAGGUUCGUUCGGUGGGAGUGACGAAGGGUGCUGCAAUAGAUCGGAUUUUGGGAGAAAUUGUUCAUAGCAAGAACAUGGUUACACCUAUAGAUUACGUUUUAUGUAUCGGUCACUUCCUUGGAAAGGAUGAGGAUAUCUACACAUUCUUUGAACCAGAGCUCCCUUCUGAUCCCCCAGCUUGUUCCAGAACAAAGACAGCAGAAAUUUUCAAGGCAUCUGCUGAUAAGAGGAAUACAGGGAAGCCCUCCAACAUAAAAAACACAAUGAAAGCAUCACAUGGAAAGAACCAAAAGGCUUCAUUAUCAUUGGAAAGGAAGGUUUCCUCCUCAUCAUCUUCUUCAUCAUCUUCGUCGUCAACAACAUCAUCCAAUCAUAAUAACAAUCUCAGCCCUUCAAGAUCAUCUCAUGAUGUCUCGUCGUCCUGGCACGAAGGAUCGUCGGUGCUCGAUCUCAAAGGAGACAACUACUUCUCCUGCGCCGUCGGACGAAAGCGAUCGAGUGCAAGGUAUUUUCUCAACACCUCAGAGGAUGUUGUGUUGUUUUUGAAGGAUUUGGCAGAGUCCUGCGACCAAAAUGCUUUUAUCAACUCCAGCCAACUCUUCCUGAAUGCUGAUAGAAUGAGAUAAAGCUUAUUCUGGUAGGAAGAAAUUCAUUGCAAGCUGAUAUGCCCCAUUUGAUUAUGAAAGAAGCUUGUUUUGCAAGAGAAGGGCCUUUGUAGGAAUGGUAUUUUCUUAGGUGUUUGAUAAUAUGUUGUAUAUCUCAUCUCUUCUUCAUAAUGUUAAACAGUGUCUCUUUGAUAACAUUAUAUGAGUAAGUGUUGUUGUUGCUGUAUUUUCUAUCUUUUUAUAUUAAUGGAAGCUACUCCUUUUUUUUUAUUUU